AUGCCUGACACUGAAAAUAGAUAUUCAAGCGACGAAGAAAUAAACGAAGAAAACAUCGAUGAAUUUGAUCCACUCUCACUUCAAUCGGACGAAUUUCGUCCUGAAACACGAAUUAUCCAUAAAAAAUGUUUUGAUUGUGAAAAACUUAGAACAAAUUUUGCGUGGUGCCAAUCUUGUGAAACUACUUGGUUUAAAGAAAACUAUUCAAGAUGGACAACUGGCAAUUUGCAACUUGAUUUAAUUAUACAGAAAAGCCAAGCUGAGGCGAAUAUAAGCG